AUGGCCAGCUUCGCUUGCUCGACCCUCACAACGGCCCAGGGCCGCAUCGCGCCCGCUCGAAGGGCCGGCUCGAUGCGCGCCAAGCCCGUGACGGCGUUUUCCAUCAGGAAGCAGGCGCGCAAGGAGCGCUCCGUGGUCGUCAUGGCCGCGGAUCGCGCGGACGCCCCCGAGGAGGGUUUCGUCGCAUCCACCGACGGUCCCGCGUCGGGUGGCUUCGCGCUCCCUUCCGUCAAGACGGUGGCGCUCGCCGUCACCGGUGCCACCGCCGCGUUCAUCGCACAGCCCAUGCACAUCCUCCAGAUGGCCUUCGCGGGCAACGGCGGGAACGGCGCGCAGGGUGGCGACGGUGGCGACGGCGGGUCGGGCGGAUCCGGCUGGGGUGCUGAGCUCUUCGGAGGCCUCAACGCGCGUAAGGGCAACGAGGUGAGCAAGGAUGACCUCUCCAACGAUCUCGAGGCGCUUCUCAACACCGGCCUCUUCGCCAACGUCGAUGCCAACGUCACCCCUAAGGGCAAGAACGGAUACGCCGUGGAGUUUGUCUUCCGCGAGAAAAUCUGGCCAAACGUGCAGACGUUCAAGGUUCAGGGAGCCACCGUGCUGCCCCCGUCUAUCGAGCGCGAGGUGCUCACGACCGUGCGCAAGCAGGGCCAGUGCACCGUCCGCGUCCUCGCCACCAUGAAGAACAUCAUCGAGGGGUACUACACCAGCAAGGGGAUCACCUUUGGGACCAUCUCGCACUUCGACGGGAUGGAGACGGGUGACGUCGUCGCUCACGUCAUCGAGGGCGAGAUCACCCGCGUCAAGGCGGUCUUCCUCGACGAUCAGAUGCAGCCCAUCACCCGCGGCAGGACGCACCCGAGGGUGAUCCAGCGCGAGCACAACUUCAAGGUUGGACAGCUGUACAACGUCGAGGAUGCCAAAACCGCGCUCCGCGACAUCUUCCUUCUGCAGCUCUUUGACAACGUCCAGGUGGUCCCGAGGCCCGACGACAGGGACCAGAGCAAGGUCCAGGUGGACAUCGUGCUCCGAGAACGGCCCGUGAAGACGGCGGAGUCGGAGCUCGAGUGGUCAAUCGCCCCCGGCGAGGGCGGCAAGCCCGACCUCGUGUCCAUCAAGCCGGGCGGCUCUGUCUUUUUCGAGCACCGCAACCUCGACGGCUGGGGCAGGCAGCUGUACGGAUCCGUGUCCACCGCCAACUUCCUCCAGCCCCAGGACGACCUCGGCUUCAAGCUCGAGUACCACCACCCGUACUGCCUUGGCGACGGCGAUCCGGACAAGACCAACUUCAAGACGUCCGUGUUCAACUCGAGGAAGCUCUCGCCGGUUUUCGCCGGUGGACCGCUGAUGGAGGAGGUGCCGUCCAUCUGGGUCGACCGCGCGGGCGCCAAGGCCACGGUCACCCAGAACUUCACCAGACAGUCCAAGGCGACCGCCUCCGUGAUCGUCGAGGAGGUUACCACGCGGGACGAGUCCGGCGCCGUCGUCGGCGCGGGUUCCAAGCAGGGCGCGCAGGGCCAGCUCUCCUCGGACGGGCCGCCCACUACGCACAGCGGCAACGGCACCGACAGGCUCAUGUUCUUCCAGGGCGGUCUCACCCGCGAUACCACCCACUUCGUGAACGGCACCCCCGUCGGCGCGCGUGACAUCUUCAACGUCGCGCAGUCCGUCGGCCUCGGCAGCGCGUUUCCCGUCUACAACCGCUUCAGCGCCGAGUGCACCCGUUUCAUCCAGCUCAGGCCCGAGCACAAGAAGAGGAACACCCCGCCGCCGGUGCUCGUGACGCACGCCAAGGCGGGCACCAUCGUCGGUAACUGCGCUUCCUACGACGCCUUCACCCUCGGCGGACCCCACAGCUGCCGCGGGUACAACGUCGGCGAGCUCGGCGCGGCGAGGAGCUUCCUCGAGUACGCGGCUGAGAUUCGCGUUCCCAUCCCCAAGCUCGACACGCACGCGUUUGCGUUUUGGGAGCGGUGCACGGACCUGGGCAGCAGCGCGAGCGUCCCGGGUAACCCGACCGAGUACUACAGGCGCGCGGGCAGCGGAACGAGCAUGGGCGCGGGUAUCAAGCUCGGGCCCGUCCGCGCAGAGUACGCCACCGACGGGAACCAGGCCAACGGAAACUGGUUCGUGAGGUUCGGCGAGCGUUUCUAA